AAGAUGGGAUUUGUUUAAUGAUGAUUCACUUGAUGACAAUAUCUCUAAUAUUACAUCCUAUCUGAAAUUCUGUUUUGAAAUCUGUUGUCCAAAAGAAACACUAUUCGUCAAAUUUGACCGUUUCUCCUCGCCUCAACUUAAAAAGCUUCGUAGAGAGAAGGAAAAACUGUAUAAGAUGAAAGAUAAAAGUGGUGUAAAAAGAACUAACUUCUUAAUUAAGUCUGAAAUGCAGAGGUUGAAUGUAAUAUAUAACCAGAAAUUCAUAUCCUGCAAAAAUCCUUCUAAUAUGUGGAAACUAUUUAAGGAAAUCACUGGUGGUAAGCAGAUAAACAAUAUUCCAUAUUCUUUUGAUGUAUGUACUCUUAACAAAUCUUUUAUUUACUCUCCCUCAAAUGCCAUGCUUCCCAGCAUCACUUGUGUUAAUAAUAGCCCCUUUCCAGGUUUUAACACAAAUGAUGUUCAAAAGUGCCUCAAGUCUCUAAACCCUUCCCAGAGCUUAGGUCCCGAUUAUGUACCUAGUAUUAUUUUUUAAAAAUGUUCUGAUAUUCUGUGUCACCCUCUUACUGAUCUAUUUAACAAAUCUUUUUCCGAUAAUAUUGUGCCUGCCGUUUGGAAGGACAUUAAAGUUGUACCCAUACCUAAAUCUUCUACUGGAGCAUGUGUCAAAUUUAGACCCAUUGCUAUUACGUCUCCUUUUUUGAAAACUAUGGAGAAAUUACUUUUACUUAGUCUUGAACCUUCGCUUAAAUCCUUUAAUGACCCUAAACAAUUUGCCUAUAAGCACAGUAGAAGCACUUUAGAUGCAGCUGCCGUCUUAUAUCAUAACAUUGCUUCCAGUCUAGACAAGGGGGCUAAAUUUGUUCGUUGCGCCUUCCUAGACUAUACAUCUGCUUUCGACUCGGUCCCUAGGGACAUCUUAUUAAAUAAACUUGCUGCUAGUCAAACAGAAUGUUGGGCUGUUAACUGGUUACAUUCCUAUUUCUCAGAUAGAAAGCAGUACACCGUAUAUAAAGGGAAGUCCUCCACUUCAUUGCCUACUGAAGCUGGUGUCCCUCAAGGUGCUGUUCUUUCUCCUUUUCUUUUUUCUUUCUUCUUGCAUGACUUGCCUCACUCUGAUGAAAUAAACUUUGUGAAGUACGCUGAUGAUUUAACGGUUUCAAUGGCUGUUAACUCCCAGCUAGAUUGUACUAAAAUAAAUAGCUUUCUAUCGGAAGUCAGCAAAUGGUCUGAGUCUAACGGUCUUAAACUGAAUCCUUCUAAGUGUCAAACUGUUGAUUUCAGCUUAAGAUGUAAACGACAGUUAAAAGAAGUCAUCGAUUCUCAUGACACUUGUAAAAUUGACGACAAUGAUAUAGGAAUCAAAUCAGAAAUUAAGUAUCUUGGACUCAUUCUCUCUUCUGAUCUCUCCUGGUCUUCCCAUGUCUUAGCAAUCUCCAGUAAAAUAUUCCGCCUGACAUUUUACAUUAAGAAGUUAAGACACUCGGGUAUAACUCAACCCCUCAUCCUACAGUUCGUAAACUCUUGCAUCCUACCUAUUCUUCUUUAUUGCUCACCCUUAUUCUUUCCUGGUUUGCUUAAAAAAGACUAUGUCACAAUUCGUAGAAUACUGAAGACUGUCAGUAGGGUGAGUGGUGUCCCAGUGGACCACAUAGUUAACGUCGUUGUCGAUAGGCACUUGACUUCGUGCAAUAAAUUUGCUAAAGGGAUUUUGUCUGACUUGGAGCAUCCGCUUUACCCUCAGCUUUCACCUUGCAUCUCCUCAGGUAGAACAAGGAGUAACUUCAGAAAACUGUAUGCUCGCACGUCUAAGUAAAAGAAUUCUAUGAUAC